UUCACUCGUGAACAGUGAACAGUGAACACUGAAUUGAGGUGGCACAGUCAGACAGGAGGAGUCAAGUGUGCGCAAUGUUUUAAAAAAUUUAAAUUUUAUUAUUCUUUAUAUAUAUAACGAAUGUCGCUGGAAGUAGCAAUUCAUAUAUAGUUAUACGAGGCAAUAAAAAACACAAUAUGAACAACGUACGAUUUGAAGACGUCGCCGAAGAAGCACAUAGCUCGUCCUCCUAUAAUCCCGAGUCAAAGUCACAGAUAUUAUGUGACCCAAAAUCGAGUAACAGCAUCACAACGGAUGAGUCACUUCCAGAACGAAGAAACACGAGUGUCGAAACGGGGUUCAGCACUUUCAAGAGAAUAUGGAGGGAAAAGAAGAUAGCACAAGCUGAUUUCGAGAUUGUUGCGCAUUGGGCCGUCAUUGGAAAUGUUCUUGCGGUGCUGAUAUUCUAUGGGGUUAUGUAUACAUGGUGCGCGCUGGUGUUGGAUACACAGGACCCUUCUAAAGUCGCAAUGCCUUGGGGAAAUAACGACACAAUAGUAGUACUUGUUACAAUCACAUUUUGUACCACCUUCAUGCUCAUUGUGGUAUGUACCGGAUGCUGUAUAUGGAAGCGCGACCACCCACUAGUGAAGGCUCGGGGGAUAGUUUUCGUGUCUGGAAUAGGAAUUACGGCCCUACUGGUGUCCGUAACUCAAUACUCUAUAGUUCUCACAUAUUUUCUACCUACUCUAUGGGAAGGAAGGAAGCAUCACCUAAACACUUAUCUCGCAAUGGGAGAGUACAUAACCGUCACGAGUACCUUGGCACUGAUCGUUGCACGCGAAGGUAUUAUCUUUAUGAUUUUCAUUCAAACACCGUACAGGGGAAAAAUAUCGUACAAUGGACACUUCGCUAAGGUUGUAGGAGGCAUGUUUAUUCUUUCCUUAUUCUCGUUUAUGCCAUACCUGUUGGCCACGGUGCUAGAUUGGGAGGGAAGAAUAUACUACACUUUGUUUGUGCUCAUACCUUGGGAGGUGGCAAUAGGGGUGCUGGCAUACUAUACCUAUAGAACCCGCGAUGUCAGCUCGUCUUUUUCGGACUGGAAGAGUAAUUUCCGGAUUGGCAUUGUAUUGGCUGUCGGCAGCAAUUUAAUUGUAUUUUCGAUGGUGAUAGAUUUCGGCGCCCCAGAAUAUGGAGUCUUGCCGGGUUCAUGGGAGUUGUUCGUUUUCUACUUUGCCUCAAUGGCUAAGAUUGCAUACACGGUGUUGGACUUAUUUGCUCUUCUGGCGGUCAUCUCGGUGAGCGAUAUGAAGAUAAUCGGGAAGUUGAGUCCCAGAGCCACUACAUUGGUCCAAUGCCAAUCCACGGCGGUUACAACCUCAGUAGCCGUAAAACAAUCUAGAAUUCCUUCGCAUGGAAAUCCUUCAUUGAUGACCACUGCAUCCGUUACGUCGAUUUGAUAUACGAUGAUAGAGGUCAUAGUAUAAUUUGUCAAUCGCGCUUCAAAAGUCAUCGAUUGACACAACGUAUAAUGUCAUCCUGCCGGCACCUGCUGCAGUCGCAGGAGCAUCACCAGACCCAUUGUAGUUCAGAAUGCAACUAAUAUUUAUUAAACCAUCAAUAUGCAAGGUUUAUGAACUUGCAAAUGUCAGA